AUGGAGACAAAGUGUGACAACGAGUCCAACGAAACGGUUCCGCAAAGCGAUGACACAAACGGUGAGCCGAAACAAGAGAUGUCCAAAAAGCAGAUGAAGAGACUUCAGAGACACCAGAAAUGGUUGGACUCGAGACCAGAGAAGAGACGACAGGAAAAGGAGAGAAAGAAACUGAAGGCUAAGAGACUGCGAGAGGAAGGCGUGGAAGUGAUGUCCAGAACCGCACUGAAGAAGCAAUACAUCCCAAUGUCUUCGUCCAAAUGCAAAGUCAGUGUUUGUAUUGAUUGCGAUUUCGAGGACUAUAUGGAGGAGAAGGACAUGAAGAAGUUGGUCAAACAGAUCGGCCGCUGCUAUGCCUUCAAUAGACACUCUUCAGCACCGGUUCAGCUCUACAUCACAUCCGUUGUGUCUAAAGUGCGGGAAGUGUUGACCAAAUGUCAGCCCGGAUUCACCAAUUGGGACGCCGUGUGUCUGGACAGCCACUGGACGCAAGUGUUUACCGAUAAAAGCAAAAUCAUUUAUCUGACGAGUGAUUCGGAGGACGUAAUCCCUGACCCCAAAGACAUUGUGGCCGCCAAUGACUAUGUGUUCAUAAUCGGCGGUUUAGUCGAUCACAACAAGUAUAAGGGUUUAUCAGUACCUUACCGACAGGCUGUCCGGCAUUCUGUGCGCUCUGAAGGCUAG